UCAGUGGGGCCAAAGGGUUUUUACUUUCGUUUUCCUGUCUCCUCAUGACUCAGCUGAUCAGCUGAAUUUAAAACCCCACCACCUACUCUGUGUUGUGGCAGUGGACGAGGGGAAGCGGACAACACCACACAGCUGACUGACAGGAGUAAAGUGCAGGAUGGAAGGCAUUAAGCUGCGUGCAUACCAGGAAGAGGUGGUUGAAAGGGCUCUUCGGGGAGAGAACAUAAUCAUCUGGCUGCCGACGGGAGGCGGAAAGACUCUUGCUGCUGUGUAUGUGGCCAAAAGACACCUGGAGAGCAAGCCACGGGCUAAGGUGAUGGUCCUGGUAAACAAGGUUCACCUUGUAGACCAGCAUUACAAGAACGAGUUCAAGCCUCACCUGGGCCGUGACUACACCCUGGUGCCGGUCAGUGGGGAGAGUGAUGAUAAGGACUUCUUUGGGCGAGUGGUGCAGGACUCAGACGUGGUCAUCUGCACUGCACAGAUCUUGUAUAAUGCUCUGAUUAACAAGGAGGAGGGAAAACAUGUUGAGCUGUCAGAUAUUACUCUGCUGAUAAUCGAUGAGUGUCACCACACCAACAAGGAAUCAGUCUACAACAAGGUGAUGGCGUGCUACGUGGAGAAAAAGUUGAAAGGAGAACGAGCAUUGCCUCAGAUCCUGGGUCUCACUGCAUCGCCGGGUACCGGGGGCGCAAAGACCCCGGAAAAGGCUGUAGAGCAUGUACUGCAGAUUUGUGCCAACCUGGACUCAGCCAUAGUGUCAACUAAACACUUUGUCACAGAGCUGAAGCAGAAAGUACCCAGACCCAUCAAGAGGUUUGACAUUGUGGAGAAAAGGCCUAAGGAUCCAUUCGAGGAUCAUCUGAAGCUCAUGAUGCAGAUGAUCCAUGAGUUCAUGAACCUUCCUCCAGGCUCAAGGCUGAGAGAGUGUGGCACACAAGAGUAUGAGACAGAUGUGGUGCUACUAGAGCAGCGAGGAGUAAAUCAGAACAACAGACUGCUAGCACAAUGUGCAAUCCACCUCAGAAAGUACAACGAUGCCCUGCUCAUCAAUGACACCCUGCGAAUGAUGGAUGCUUAUCGCUCCCUGGAGGAGUUCUACAUCAACAAGUUCACCACAGCAAUCGAUGGGACAGACUUCUUCCUGGUGGGACUUUUCCAAGAGAAUCAGGUGGAGCUGCGGAAACUGGCAAGAGAUUCUCGCUAUGAGAACCCAAAGAUGGGACAACUUGAGAGCACUCUGCUCAAACAGUUUGGUCCAAGUGUGAACUCAAAGGGGAUCCUCUUCAGUAAAACCCGCAAAAGCAUCCACUGCCUAAAUGACUGGGUCCUCAACAAUACAGCUUUACAGGAAGCUGGCAUCAAGGCAGCCAUCCUCACUGGGGCUGGCAAUGGUAUCACUUACAUGACGCAGCACGAGCAAUCGGACACGAUCCGCAACUUCCGCCUAGGUAAACUCAACCUCCUGAUCUCCACCAGUGUGGCUGAAGAAGGCCUCGACAUCCCUGAAUGCAACCUGGUGGUACGCUAUGGACUGCUCACAAAUGAGAUUGCCCAGCAGCAGGCCAGCGGACGUGCCCGAGCAAAAGACAGCACGUAUUCAGUGGUCGCCGAGAAAGGGGGACGGGAAGUGCGGCGGGAGCACACCAAUGAAUAUCUGGAAGAGCUGACUGGAAGAGCCAUUGCUCAGGUCCAAGAGAUAAACCUCCGCGAGUUUCGCACAAAGAUAAUGGAGCUGCAAACGCAGGCAGUUAUUUGCAGAAAACUUGCAGAAGGACGCAAAGUAGAGAAGAAGAGUCGCUACACUGCUGCUAACGUCCAGCUCUUGUGUCGAAACUGUUUCAAGUCUGUGGCCUCUGGCAGUGACAUUAGACUUCUGGACAAUGCGCACUUUGUCAACGUCAAUCCUGACUUUGAGAAACACUACAAAGUCGGUGGGCAGGUGAAUCUAGGAAAGUGUUUUGAUGACUGGGAGCCUGGGCGUACGAUCAAUUGCAGCGGCUGCGACAAGAAAUGGGGAUUUGAGAUGAAGUACAGGAAGGUCGCCCUGCUUCCCAAUAUAGCCAUUAGCAACAUGGCCCUGGAGACCCCUGAAGGCAGGUUGACAGUGAAGAAGUGGAAGGAUGUCCCUUUCACUGUUGAGGACUUCAGCUUUGAAGAAUACUGCCAAGAACACCAUCCCGACAUCUUUGAUUGAGACACCAACAAAAGAGCUCUGUGUGGGUUUUCCCCCUAUAUUCACAUGUACAUUUUUAUCUGUUUCCGGUCAUUCCAGUCUAUCGGUGUUAGAUUUCCUGUGCUCAUUGGGAGAGAGAGCAUCAUUGUAUUGUUUGGGGUUUUUUAAAAAUUCAGUCCUCAUGUGCUUGCAUUAAUUUCUGCCACCGGGCCAGUGGGGCAGCAGUGUGCUAAAACCCAUUACGCAUCGAUCAUGCUUGAAAUUAGCAUGACAGCUUUGUUUAUGCCCAAGGUCCUAACCCCCUGUGCAUGUGUUUUUGUGUGUAUUUCCUCUGCUUCAUCUCAAAUCAAGCACAGAAACAAAGCACACAAUGAACUCUGCUGUAACACCAGCCUCAACCAUCAUGAACACUUGACAUGUCGUCAUGAAGAAGAUUCCUCAUGAACUCUCUUUUAACUUUUUUAAAAUGUUCUUUACUGAUAAUCUCUGACUUUUAUUUUGCUUCAUUGUAUUUAUUGCUGUAUUCUAUUUUAUAACAACAAAUUAUGGCCAAUAUCCACAAAGUAAAACUAAAGUUGAGAUGAAAUUUAAACAAACAUUAAUCUUGAAAUGUCCAGCAUAUCUUUUGUAAGUGUUUUUAUUAUCCACUAGGUGUCAGUGUUGGUUAGCCAAUCAAGUCAAUUUCUCUACCUUAGACUUGCUCCUUCCGAUGUGUGUACAUGACAUCUGGAUAAAAAGGUACUCAGUUGAAAAGGAAAGGGAACAAGUUCUGAUGCAAACUGGUUUAUUUUUGUAUGUAACUGUUUCUUUAUGUAUGUUUAGGGUGCACUAAAAAGAUGCCUGAAACCA